GCGUACGAUCCUAUCUGAUUGUGUUAGGACAGUCCCGAGCUGGGGUUCUUAAGACAGCGCUUCCGCUCCGAUGACAGGCUCGCGCAUCGUUUUCUUUCGGGUCUUUGCGACAUCUUGAAAAGAGGAGGAGGAGGAGGAGGAGCAAAUCAGGGUCAGUGCGUCGAGGGUUUGUUGCCCACUGUGCAGGAGAUUCGGAGUCGGGAAGCAAGGAAUUUGUUGGCUGCCAAGAUGAAUGCCCUUGUGGCGAACGUUGUCUCGUGUUCUCUCGUGGCGCCAUCUCUGGGUCGCAGGAGGUGUGGCACUGUCGCCUCGUCCAGUAACUUGAGCUCAUCGUCGCCCGUGAGGUCGCCGAAGCAGCAGGUUGUUUACAGUGCGGAGAGCAAGAAGAUGAAUCCAUGUGCUUCUGCUGUGAAUAUGCAUAGAAUUGCUACCGAUGUUGACCGAUCUGUAGUAACGGAGGAAGAAGAGAGGUGCGCAGAGCAAGGUAUCGUGUGCCACCGUACGGAAACUGGAGAAAUCACAUGCGAAGGGUUCGACGAAGGCCCUCACUUUCACCCAAUUGCCCGCGCUCAACAAAGGACUGUCAUGAUGAAUGCCAGCCACAUGGCACAGCUGACAAGAGGGGUUUCACAAGCUCCAUCGUCAGCCCCAUCCCAGGAAAUAUCCGUGUAUACCGUCGUUGAAGAGAAGGGGAGGGGUGAAUGCUACUGCGAAGGAAAAGACGAGAGCUAGAUGAAAGGCUUCAGCAGCUCAGUCUAGGUCUUAAAUUCACGGAAGAAUGUGUAUAUAUAUGUGAAUAACAAUCCUUCCGAAAGUGGCCCUUCAGUUCUGACAUUCAGCUCCUCGCUGAUUGUUGUGUGAGAAGGACGGAUGACUAGAAUGUGUAUAACAGUAAUGUAGUGCCGCACGAACCAAUUGUGUAUAUUCGUGUUUACACUAUAAUCUUGCCUUUGAUCCGAGCAGCACGGAGAGAAUCCAUGCAUGCAGUGCAAGGGCCUUUCGCAGACAUUGACAAUGUUUCACCUCUUAUCGGGUCUGUC